AUGGAAGAGAUCAAUCGCAAGUGGGGAUUGCAAUGCCUAUAUGGUAAGGCUUGGCAAGCGAAGGAGUAUGCAGAAAGUCUUGUGUUUGGUUCACUGGAAGAGUCAUUCCAACUCCUUCCCUCAUAUUUCCAUAUGUUGGAACGUGAAAAUCCCAAUACUAUCUCGUGUGUCGCUACUGAUGGGGAACAACGAUUCAAAUAUUGUUUCUGGGUGUUUGGGUCAUGUAUUCGAGGGUUCAGUGCUGUAAUGCGGCCUGUAGUCAUUAUCGAUGCCACACAUAUGAAAGGCAGAUUCAAGGGUAUUCUGUUUGUGGCGUUAUUCAAAGAUGCGAAUGAGCAGAUAUAUCCACUUGCAUUUGGCAUUGGCCACGUCGAAGAUGAAGAGUCUUGGUCGUGGUUUCUUAACCAAUUGUGUCGUGCAAUUGGUUGUUCUGAAAAUGCAAUGUUCAUUUUUUAUCAGUAUUUUGGCAUUAAGAAUGCAGUUGAGAAAGUGUUCAAGGACGCUCAUCACAGUCUAUGCAAUUACCACUUAGGGAAAAAUGUUAAAAACAGGUUCAAGCGCGAAGAUGUUGCAAAGAUUUUCACCAUGGCUGCCAACUGCUAUAGGGUCACCGACUUUAACAGACAUAUGAAUCAACUGAAACAGCUUUGCAAACCUGCUUAUGACAGCCUUAUGAGAUUAGGCCCUGAGAGAUGGGCACGUGCACGAUCACCAGUAAGGCAAUAUAAGCUAAUGACAUCCAACACUGAGGAGUGUAUUAACUCUUGCUUGAGGCAUGCAAGAAAAAUGCCAAUAACGGUGUUGAUCGAGUGCAUCAGAGGCAUGUUUCAAUGUUGGUUCCAUGACUGGCACAAUGAGGCAUUGAAUUUGACCAUGCCCCUUAACCCUUAG